UGAUUUAAUUUGGGCCUGCUUUGCCCAAAAGCAGGUCCACGCGAUUUUUUAAAAUUAUUUGUUUGAAAAAAAGAAAAACCAGUCAAAGUGUUCUUCAAAAAAAAAGUGUUAUCCCUCAAAAAAAAAAGUGUUGUCUUAUUAGCCGACGUGGCGUAUUGAGAGCUGCGAAUUUUCAGAUAAUUUUGUUUCCGCCAAUUUUUUCUCAACGGAGGUUGAAUAAUAGCAGAAAUUUAUACACCACGAAUACCAAAACUGAGAUGCAGCGGAAAUAGUCUCAACGUCGGGAAAAAUGAUCGGACUUGAGUUCCCGACCUACCUGCCGGUGCAAAAUUUCCACGGUAAAAGCAGCUUCCUUCCUAGCGGCUGCUAUGGAUACCAAUUGAAGCACAAGAAGAAGUUGUACCAUUUCACAUUAAAGCCUAACACUUCAAUGCUCGUCGCUUUGAGAAGGAGAAAGCGCAACCGCACGUCAUUUUCAGUUUCCGUCGCGAGGUCAUCUUUGGUUCCGCCGGAGCAACCGCCCGGGCCCCAAUCUAAUCAGGAGGAUCCCCAGAGGAAUCCUCCAGAUGUGCAGACUUUAGCUAAGAGGUUUUGGAAAGUGGCUGCACCGUAUUGGUUCUCAGAUGAUAAAGCCACGGCCAGGUGGCGGCUUGCCACCGUUUUUGCUCUCACCUUAGGAACUACUGGGAUAAGCGUCGGCUUCAAUUUCCUUGGUCGAGACUUCUUUAACGCGCUUGCCAACAAGGACCAAGAACAGUUUACCAAGCAGUUAGUGUACUACCUGGCGGCUUUUGCUGGUGGAAUUCCGGUUUUUGUUUUGAGAGAUUAUGCAAAAGAUACUCUUUCCUUAAGAUGGAGAUCUUGGAUGACAAGUUUUUAUAUGGAUCGCUAUCUGAAGAAUCAGACGUUUUACAAAAUACAAUCUCAGUCAAUAAUUGAUAAUCCUGAUCAGCGGAUUGUUGAUGAUUUAAGUGCUUUCACCGGGACAGCUCUUGCAUUUUCCUUGACGCUCUUCAAUGCUUCUGUGGACUUGAUAUCUUUCAGUAAUAUUUUGUACGGCAUUUAUCCACCGCUUUUUGUUGUACUCCUUGCAUACUCACUUGGUGGAACAGCUAUCAGUAUCUUCCUUGGGAGGGACUUGGUGACUCUGAACUUCCUGCAAGAGAAGAAAGAAGCAGAUUUUCGAUACGGACUAGUCCGGGUUAGAGAAAAUGCUGAAUCCAUUGCAUUUUAUGGUGGCGAGGAAAACGAGAUCCAACUACUGCUGCAGCGAUUCAGCAGUGCAUUUGAAAAUCUAAGUAAAUUAUUGUUAUCUUCCAGAAAUCUGGACUUCUUCACUAGUGGUUACCGGUACCUGAUCCAGAUUCUUCCAGCAGCAGUUGUUGCACCUAUGUAUUUUUCUGGAAAAAUCGAAUUUGGAGUCAUUAAUCAGUCCGUCUCUGCCUUCAAUCACAUACUUGGAGAUGUUUCUCUUAUUAUUUACCAAUUUCAGGCUAUCAGUGCCUUUUCUGCUGUCAUAGAUCGACUAGGUGAAUUCGAUGAUCUUUUAAGUAAGAGCGAGACUAGAAGUGAGGCUGACUCUACUGAAGAAAUUGUUCGUGAGUUUUGCAAUAUAAAUGAUUCUAGUGCGUCUAAUGGAUCUAUCCUCCCUGGAAGAGGUCAGGAGUUGUUAGUGCUUGAGAAUUUGACUCUUUUGGCUCCAAGUAAGGCUACCCUUAUUAGGGACUUGUCUGUGAAGAUCUUUGAGAAGGAACAUCUUCUGAUUUCAGGGCCUAGUGGAAGUGGUAAAACCUCGUUACUAAGAGCUAUUGCUGGUCUGUGGAGCUUUGGGAAGGGAACAAUAAAAUUCUAUGAUAGAAAUGCAAAAGAUUCUGCGCCAUGCCUUUCUAACGAUGUGGCUUCUUCUGAAAUAUCUAUAGUGGAUAAGAUGAAGCCUGAGUGCAGUAUACUUGAAAAGAGAAAUGCAAGAGGUGUAUUUUUCCUUCCUCAGAAGCCAUAUAUGGUCUUGGGAACACUUCGUCAACAAUUGCUUUAUCCUACCUGGAGUGAUGCUACAAGACCCAAUUCAGACACUGCUAAUCCAAAUGGUUCGCCGCCUUUCCUGAUGCUUGCCCAAGAUAUGGAUGCAAGGGUAGAGAUGCCUUCAACUGAUGAUCUAAUCCAAGUUCUUGAAGAUGUUCGACUUGGCUAUAUAUUGUCACGAUUUAGUCUGGACAGUACAUAUGAGUGGUCUAGUGUUCUCUCCAUUGGUGAGCAGCAACGCCUGGCAUAUGCUCGCUUGUUGCUUUCAAAGCCAAAUUUGGUUUUAUUGGAUGAAUCAACUAGUGCUCUAGAUGAAGCCAAUGAGGCACAUUUGUAUCAGCUGAUUGCAGCUUCAGGGAUCACUUUCGUAAGCGUUGGCCACAGAAGGACGCUGUAUGAACACCAUAAGAAUGUGUUACAUAUAUCCCCAUUGGAACCAACAGAUAGUGGACCCAACUGGCGUUUUGAGCCCCUGAAUAAGGAUUCACAGUACAGUCUGUCCAAAAAGUAAAACGAAGCUCAACCAAGUCUGAUAUAUAAUGGCCCUCACUGCUUCCCGUUGGAUGGUCUAAUCAGGAAUAACAAUCAAAGGACUCAAGUAAACAAUUCAGACCUCUUUCUAUCUUUUAAAAUGGGGAGCUUGCAUUCCAGUUAUGCCUGUGUGCAGUAGUGUUGGUGAAUUAUGAUCCAUAUUUGAUGAUAUAAUUGGUAUAAUAACAUAAACGUAGCAGGCUGCAUAAUUUGAUGAGUAUCCAUAUUCAUGCCCCCAUAGAAAUCAUAUCCAGAUUCUUGAAAAAAGAAGUAGAUAUGUUUACCUAGAGUAGCAUUAAAAGCUGUAGGGGGAAAUGAUCCAUGCAUGUGUACUAUGUUAUGUGUACCUAUUAAAAUAUGUGUACCUUCGUAUUUGUAUAUUGUUUUGUUGAAGAAUAGAAGUUUCUCAUUACCUGGA